CUCUGCUCGGUCUAAUGUACCAGCCUGACAAGCCGAUGCGAACAGGAGUUGCACCCAGCAUCCCAGGCGUCGUGACAGGCAGGAGGAAGCGCUGCUGCUGCUGGAGGAAGAAGAGGUGGUGCUAGUGGUACCUUCAGGCCUGUAAUCUUUAUUCAUUUUGUGGUUUUCUAGCUGAGGUGGUGUGUGGAUGUCACCAUGGGGGAACUGUUCAGAAGUGAGGAGAUGACUUUGGCCCAGCUCUUUCUCCAGUCAGAGGCGGCUUACUGCUGUGUCAGUGAGCUGGGAGAACUUGGCAUGGUCCAGUUCAGAGAUUUAAAUCCUGAUGUAAACGUUUUCCAGCGCAAGUUUGUGAAUGAAGUCAGAAGAUGUGAGGAGAUGGACAGGAAACUGAGGUUUGUUGAGAAGGAGAUCAAAAAGGCGAGCAUCCUGAUGGUGGACACUGGAGAGAAUCCAGAAGUACCUUUUCCCAGGGACAUGAUUGACCUGGAGGCCACGUUUGAGAAGCUGGAGAAUGAACUGAAGGAGAUCAACACCAACCAAGAAGCCCUGAAGAAGAACUUCCUGGAGUUGACUGAACUCAAACAUAUCCUGCACAGAACACAGCAGUUUUUUGAUGAGAUGGAAGAUCCCAACCUGCUUGAGGAGUCCUCAGCUCUGAUGGAAGGCAGUGAGGGUGGCCGCGGUGCUCCGCUCAGACUGGGGUUUGUGGCUGGAGUAAUCAGCAGAGAGAGGAUUCCCACCUUCGAGCGGAUGCUGUGGAGGGUGUGUCGCGGUAAUGUCUUCUUACGCAAGGCAGAGAUUGAAGACCCUUUGGAGGACCCCACCACGGGGGACCAAGUUCACAAGUCAGUGUUCAUCAUCUUCUUCCAGGGUGACCAACUAAAGAACAGGGUGAAGAAGAUCUGUGAGGGGUUCCGGGCCUCUCUGUACCCAUGCCCAGAGACCCCCCAGGAGAGGAAGGAGAUGCUGGCUGGAGUCAACAGUCGCAUUGAUGACCUCCAGAUGGUUUUGAACCAAACAGAGGACCACCGCCAGCGAGUUUUGCAGGCUGCCUCCAAGACCAUACGGGUGUGGUUCAUUAAAGUGAGGAAGAUGAAGGCCAUCUAUCACACACUGAACCUCUGCAACAUCGAUGUCACCCAGAAGUGUCUGAUUGCUGAAGUGUGGUGUCCUGUCUCAGACCUGGACUCAAUCCAGUUUGCUCUGCGCAGGGGAACAGAGAGAAGCGGCUCCACAGUACCUUCAAUCCUGAACAGGAUGCAGACCAAGCAGACUCCACCUACCUUCAACAAGACGAACAAGUUUACAUCAGGCUUCCAGAACAUCGUGGAUGCCUAUGGGAUUGGGAACUACCGGGAAAUAAAUCCAGCUCCAUACACCAUCAUCACAUUUCCCUUCCUGUUUGCUGUGAUGUUUGGUGACAUGGGUCAUGGAGUGUUGAUGACCUUUGCUGCCCUCUACUUGGUCCUCAGAGAGAGUCGAAUCCUCGCACAGAAAAGUGACAAUGAGAUGAUCAACAUGGUUUUCGCUGGCCGCUACAUCAUCCUUCUGAUGGGGAUCUUCUCAGUCUACACUGGUCUUAUUUACAAUGACUGCUUCUCCAAGUCUCUGAACAUGUUUGGUUCUGGUUGGAGUGUCAGGCCCAUGUUCAGUACAAAAGGAGCCAACUGGUCCUUUGAGACACUUGAUGGAAAUGCAGUUCUGCAGUUAGAUCCAGCUGUUCCUGGGGUGUUCAACGGGCCCUAUCCUCUUGGUAUUGACCCGAUCUGGAAUGUUGCUACGAACAAGCUGACCUUCCUGAACUCAUUCAAGAUGAAGAUGUCAGUGAUCCUCGGCGUCAUCCACAUGCUGUUUGGAGUCUCUCUGAGUCUCUUCAACCACCUGUACUUCAAGAAACCAUUGAACAUCUUCCUGGGCUUCAUCCCAGAGAUUAUCUUCAUGUCAACUCUGUUUGGGUACCUCAUCCUGCUGGUCUUCUACAAGUGGACAGCCUAUGAUGCUUACACCUCUAAAGAUGCUCCCAGCCUGCUCAUCCAUUUCAUCAACAUGUGUCUCUUUAACUACAACGACCCCACCAACAAACCCCUCUACAGGGGCCAGAUGGGGAUCCAGGUUUUGCUGGUUCUGAUUGCCCUUGCAUGUGUUCCCUGUAUGCUGAUCGUGAAAACUAUGGUGCUUCGGCGUCAGCACCUGUGGAAACGGCAUCUGUCACAGAAGAGGGAAGAAACCCCUGCAGAGAAUCUAGAGCAGUCUUUAGAGCAAAAAGGGGUGUCCUCAUCAUGCACCGGACUCACCCAACAGGGCACACAGAAGUUUGGAGGGGUGCGGGUGGGCAAUGGACCCACGGAGGACGAGGCUGGAAUCAUGGACCACGACCAGCUCUCCCAGCACUCAGACGAAGGGGAUGAGCGUUCAGAAGAAGAGCCGUUUAACUUUGGCGAUGUGGCCAUCCACCAGGCCAUCCACACCAUAGAGUACUGUCUGGGAUGCAUAUCUAACACGGCCUCCUAUCUGCGCCUUUGGGCCCUCAGCCUCGCCCAUGCACAGCUGUCUGAGGUGCUCUGGUCCAUGGUGAUGCACCUGGGUCUCUCCUCUCGCAGUGGAGGUGGCUUCUUUGGCCUGUCAAUCAUCUUCUCUGCAUUCGCCACUCUCACGGUGGCCAUUCUGCUCAUCAUGGAGGGCCUGUCAGCUUUCCUGCAUGCCCUGCGUCUGCACUGGGUGGAGUUCCAGAACAAGUUCUACAUAGGCCAGGGCUUCAAGUUUGUCCCUUUCUCAUUUGAGAGCAUCCUGGAGGGGCGAUUUGAUGACUGAUCAGGUCUCAGCCUGUCCACAGUAGAGCCCACUCUUCCUUCUAUGCUUUGGGUACAUGAGACCUAAUGCAGCGCUCUGUCUCCCUCUAGUGGCCAUUAGUGAAACUGUUGUGCAUGAGGUAAAUAGUCCUGUUAAAAACAUUUCCAGUGUUCUGCUUUCUGUGACAUCCUUUGUCAUAAAACAUCCUCCACCAGCCUCCCUUCAUUUAGUCUUUAUCUUUCAUGAAACCAUAAUGAUCAUGUUUGUGUUGCAGAGCGCAUCAAAACCACUUUCUGGAUUCUGUUCUGUUAAAACAUUUCAGUGUGAAAAGAUAUUGAUCUAGAAAGAUUUCAUGUUUGGGUUAUGCAUCGUAUUUCUGCUCAUUUCUAGCAAUGAAUGAGUUUUCAUUGCCAGGUAAUUACUGUCAGUAAUUCAUGGUCGGUCAAAUGUUUUCAUAUAUAUCAAAAUUAUCAAAGACAUAAGACAAGUUAAGAAUUUACAUAAAAAUACACUGAAAUGUGUAAUGUGAAAUGUGAAAUGCAUCAUAAUCUGACUACAUCAGGGUUCCCACGCUGUCUGGAAAAGUAUGGAAUUUCUUGAGGAAAAAAAAGUAUGGAAAAAACGUUAUCCAGUUUUAUUUCCUGUUAUUUUAUAUAAAUAUUGGUUUCUCUCCUUCAUUCUUUCUCAUGUACUCAAUUCCUUGCUUCUGCCCUUCCUCCCUUAUGUCCUUUAUUUUUCCAUUCUUUUCGUUCAUACCUUGGACCCUUACUUCUCUAUUUUCUGAUCUUUCCCUCCCUGUGUCCCAUUUCCCUUCCUUCUGUCUUUAUUUUUUAUAUCCUCUUUCCUUUCCCUCAUGUCAUUUCUUCUUCUUUCCCUCUUUGUGUUCCUUCUUUCAUUUGUUUCUUUUAGCCUUCCUUUCAGUCUUCCUUUGGUCAAAUUUUUGUCUGCUCCUUUCUUCCUCCCUUGUGUCCUUCCUUCCUUCUCUCCAUCCUCCCUUGUGCCCUUCCUUCUUUCCCUCCAAACUCCCUUAUGUCCUUCCUCCCUUUGUUUCCUACCUUUCUUCCAUCCAUCCUUCCUUUGAGGAUGUACAGGACUGGGAAUGUUGGAAUGCUUUGUGUGGAAAACCACUGUUCUACUGGUUAGUCUUUGAGGAUCUGAUUGGUGCAACAAACUGCCUCAGACCUUCUUUGAGAAGUUUUGCACUGUGAAAAUAUUUCAGUAAUAGAAAAUAAUCUUUGAAUUCAAAAACACAUGUUCUUUAUUUUGCAUGUCACAAGCAUCUUAUUGUAGUAAUUCAUAUUAAGAUUGUGCAUUGUAUACAGUCCCAUUUUAGUUUGAAAUUAAAGAGUUUUUCCUAACAUGUGGGAUUGAUUUCCUCCAUCCUUUGAAUGGAGUAGAGAAAACUGAACCUAGCUGUUCCUGGUGAUGUGCCGUGGUCUCUAUUGUUCAUGUUUGACUUGUAGAAACCUUGUGAUUAAUUAAAGUGUGGAGUGUCCAAACAUUAA